AUGUUACUCAAUAUUGUGGCGUAUCAUUCAUCAUUAUCAUCAUCAUCAUCAUCAUCAUCAUCAUCAUCAUCAUCAUCAUCAUCAUCAUCAUCAUCAUCAUCAUCAUCAUCAUCAUCAUCAUCAUCAUCAUCAUCAUCAUCAUCAUCAUCAUCAUCAUCAUCAUCAUCAUCAUCAUCAUCAUCAUCAUCAUCAUCAUCAUCAUCAUCAUCAUCAUCAUCAUCAUCAUCAUCAUCAUCAUCAUCAUCAUCAUCAUCAUCAUCAUCAUCAUCAUCAUCAUCAUCAUCAUCAUCAUCAUCAUCAUCAUCAUCAUCAUCAUCAUCAUCAUCAUCAUCAUCAUCAUCAUCAUCAUCAUCAUCAUCAUCAUCAUCAUCAUCAUCAUCAUCAUCAUCAUCAUCAUCAUCAUCAUCAUCAUCAUCAUCAUCAUCAUCAUCAUCAUCAUCAUCAUCAUCAUCAUCAUCAUCAUCAUCAUCAUCAUCAUCAUCAUCAUCAUCAUCAUCAUCAUCAUCAUCAUCAUCAUCAUCAUCAUCAUCAUCAUCAUCAUCAUCAUCAUCAUCAUCAUCAUCAUCAUCAUCAUCAUCAUCUCAUCAUCAUCAUCAUCAUCAUCAUCAUCAUCAUCAUCAUCAUCAUCAUCAUCAUCAUCAUCAUCAUCAUCAUCAUCAUCAUCAUCAUCAUCAUCAUCAUCAUCAUCAUCAUCAUCAUCAUCAUCAUCAUCAUCAUCAUCAUCAUCAUCAUCAUCAUCAUCAUCAUCAUCAUCAUCAUCAUCAUCAUCAUCAUCAUCAUCAUCAUCAUCAUCAUCAUCAUCAUCAUCAUCAUCAUCAUCAUCAUCAUCAUCAUCAUCAUCAUCAUCAUCAUCAUCAUCAUCAUCAUCAUCAUCAUCAUCAUCAUCAUCAUCAUCAUCAUCAUCAUCAUCAUCAUCAUCAUCAUCAUCAUCAUCAUCAUCAUCAUCAUCAUCAUCAUCAUCAUCAUCAUCAUCAUCAUCAUCAUCAUCAUCAUCAUCAUCAUCAUCAUCAUCAUCAUCAUCAUCAUCAUCAUCAUCAUCAUCAUCAUCAUCAUCAUCAUCAUCAUCAUCAUCAUCAUCAUCAUCAUCAUCAUCAUCAUCAUCAUCAUCAUCAUCAUCAUCAUCAUCAUCAUCAUCAUCAUCAUCAUCAUCAUCAUCAUCAUCAUCAUCAUCAUCAUCAUCAUCAUCAUCAUCAUCAUCAUCAUCAUCAUCAUCAUCAUCAUCAUCAUCAUCAUCAUCAUCAUCAUCAUCAUCAUCAUCAUCAUCAUCAUCAUCAUCAUCAUCAUCAUCAUCAUCAUCAUCAUCAUCAUCAUCAUCAUCAUCAUCAUCAUCAUCAUCAUCAUCAUCAUCAUCAUCAUCAUCAUCAUCAUCAUCAUCAUCAUCAUCAUCAUCAUCAUCAUCAUCAUCAUCAUCAUCAUCAUCAUCAUCAUCAUCAUCAUCAUCAUCAUCAUCAUCAUCAUCAUCAUCAUCAUCAUCAUCAUCAUCAUCAUCAUCAUCAUCAUCAUCAUCAUCAUCAUCAUCAUCAUCAUCAUCAUCAUCAUCAUCAUCAUCAUCAUCAUCAUCAUCAUCAUCAUCAUCAUCAUCAUCAUCAUCAUCAUCAUCAUCAUCAUCAUCAUCAUCAUCAUCAUCAUCAUCAUCAUCAUCAUCAUCAUCAUCAUCAUCAUCAUCAUCAUCAUCAUCAUCAUCAUCAUCAUCAUCAUCAUCAUCAUCAUCAUCAUCAUCAUCAUCAUCAUCAUCAUCAUCAUCAUCAUCAUCAUCAUCAUCAUCAUCAUCAUCAUCAUCAUCAUCAUCAUCAUCAUCAUCAUCAUCAUCAUCAUCAUCAUCAUCAUCAUCAUCAUCAUCAUCAUCAUCAUCAUCAUCAUCAUCAUCAUCAUCAUCAUCAUCAUCAUCAUCAUCAUCAUCAUCAUCAUCAUCAUCAUCAUCAUCAUCAUCAUCAUCAUCAUCAUCAUCAUCAUCAUCAUCAUCAUCAUCAUCAUCAUCAUCAUCAUCAUCAUCAUCAUCAUCAUCAUCAUCAUCAUCAUCAUCAUCAUCAUCAUCACUAUCAACAUAUAUGUACUAUUAAAUCGUUUUAUGCUGAUUAUAUGUUUACAUUUUUCACCUUUUCCAUACACAUGCACACGCACACACAUACAAACACACAGAACUAUUCAAGUGUACAAUGUUCUAUGAAAAAUAUAUCACACUUUGAACAAUUCUAA